AUGAGGAAACUGGGCUUUCAUGAGAAAUGGAUCAGUUUAGUCCUGGCUUGUAUCUCUUCGGUUGACUAUGCUUUUAAUCUGAAUGGUGAAAUAUUGGGUAAUAUUAUUCCUGGCAGGGGUCUUCAACAAGGUGAUCCUCUGUCACCCUUUCUAUUUCUGAUCUGUGCUGAAGCAUCAAUGUUUGCUUGUCACCGUUUUAAGCAGCUUCUGGAUUGGUAUGGUAAGGCUUCUGGUCAACUUGUGAAUUUUUCUAAGUCUGCCAUGUGUUUUAGUUCUCGGAUUUCUUCUAGUGAUGCUGCUAACAUGGUCGCUAUUCUGGGUGUCCCUGUGGUUGUUUGCCAUGAGAAGUACCUUGGUUUACCCUAUUAUGCUGGGCAGAGUAAGAAAGGUCUUUUUCAAUCUCUCAAAGACCGUAUUUGGAAAAAAUUGUUUACUUGGAAAUCUCGGUCCUUCUCUGCUGCUGGGAAAGAGGUGCUUAUUAAAUCGGUCAUCCAAUCUAUCCCUGCUUAUUCUAUGAACUUGUUUAAGCUACCUGCCAGCUUCAUUAAAGAAAUUCAUCGACUCUGUGCUAGAUUCUGGUGGGGUGGUAAUGUGGAAAAACAGAAGUGGCUUAUCAAAGAUGGAAAUAAUGUCUCUGUGUAUCAUGACCACUGGAUUCCCCGCCUGAAUGGUGACAGGUCUUGUUCGGAUCAUUUUCUUCCUGAAGAUGCAAUGGUCUCUAGCCUUCUUCUUCGUGAUGGUAAUUGGAACUCUGUUUUGAUCAAUGAGGCUUUUAAUGUGCAAGAGGCGACUGCUAUUCUUUCUAUCCCUCGCAAUCAUCUUCCUGUUAAUGAUUGUGUUAUAUGGCAUUUUGAGUCUUCAGGUUUUUAUACCGUCAAAAGUGGAUAUUGGCAGGCCAUUCGCUUGUUGGGGAUGGGCCAGGCUUCAGGCUCUAAUGGAGUUUCUGUGUUAUGGACUAAAAUCUGGCAAUUAAAUAUUCCUGGGAAAGGUCCUGAGACUGCAAUCCAUGCUUUAUGGAAUUGUGAUAGACUGAGUAACUGUAGACACACGAUUGGUAAUAUUAUGCUUGUUCCUCCUUACACUGGUAUGGACAUUUAUGAGUUUUUGUUGAACUUCUUAGAUUCUUUAUCUGUAGCUGACUUUGGAAAACUCAUUGUGUGUUUAUGGCGCAUUUGGUAUCGCCGUAAUAUUUUUGUUAAUGAGAAGACUACGCUCCCUGACCAGAUGAUUAUUGAAUGGAGCUUGGCCUUUCUAGAUCGUUACUUGAAUGUCAAUGGUGGUUCUCUCCCCGCCAGUGAGUCCUUGAGGGAAGCUCCGAAAAUGCACCGAUGGGAGAAACCAGUGGAGGGUGUUGUCAAAAUCAAUUGUGAUGUUAGUCUUGACCAUGUUACGAAGAAGGCUGGUGCUGGGGAGGUUUUCCGUGACUUUCAUGGCAUGGUCCUUGCCUCUAGUACGUGGUCAUGGGAUCAUUUAUUGGACCCUACUAUUGCUUAA